GACGUAGAGGCACACCUCCGGCUUCGAAGGACACGAGCCGACCGAGGAGGUACGAACACCGGCGAGGAGGUCCGAGCUCCAAGGACAGACAGGCCGAGCAGACCGACUCCUCCAGCCGCAGAGGAGGACGGAGAUCCCGGUCCUGCAGCUCGGCGGAUCCCGGAGUCCUGAGAGCUUGAGAGGACUCUUUAUUUCCUCAUCCAUCCGGUAAAUAUAGAUAUAGAUAUACAGUAAAUAUAGAUAUAUAUGAAUCUAGAUGUAUGAGGAGUGAUGGAGGAACACGUCCUUAAAGAAGAGGAUUAUAUCCGAGUGUCGCAUGAACUCAGUCACCCCGCAGAGGAGAGCAUCUCUGCGGUUUUCAAAACCAGAGUUCGGGUUAGUUCGGGUUAGUUCGGGUUAUCCAAGCGGGUUUUUGGUUCAGAUGAUGUGGCAGCUCCUUCUUCUUCUUCUCCUCCAGCUUCUGCAUCUUCUGUUGUUUCCCUCUGUGUUUCCAAGGAAACCUAAAGACACAGGAAGCCGGAAUGUUGAGAAGGAAUAAUAAUAAUAAUAAUAAUAAUAAUAAUAAUAAUAUAAUAAUAAUAAUAAUAAUAAUAAUAAUAAUAAUAAUAUAAUAUAAUAUAAUAAUAAUAAUAAUAAUAAUAAUAAUAAUAUAAUAAUAAUAUAAUAAUAAUAAUAUAAUAAUAAUAAUAAUAAUAAUAAUAAAAAUGUGUUAAAUUGAGCUCUUAGAGAUUGAUGACAGUGAUCAGCUCUUGUCCGUCUGUUUCAGUCUGGAAAAUGUUCUUCUGAGGAGCUGAAGGAGCUGAUCUGAACUCCAGCAUGUCGAGUCCUCAGACGGACAACGGCUCUGCAAACUCAGCAGAAUCCAAGAAAACCGACCCGAGAAUGACGGAGAAGAAGUGCUGUGAGUAAAAAGUCUGAGCUCCUCCAUAAUCCCAUCAUCACCUCCUUUAACGGUCUCCAGGUGUUCUGCUGGAAACUCGACUCUGGUCUUUGUUCGCUCUCAUUGUUUCUUGAUCUCCUCUUUUCAUUAAAGUCUGAGAAGUGAACGUGUGACUCUGUCUCUAGUUUGCUGUGUUGGUUUGAAGAUUGUCCUUUUCUCCCAGGACGUCUCUUCUUCUCCACAGUCCACUCAUGAUAUUUGUGUCUGAGGAGAAACUUAUUUCUGUCCAGCUCACACGGCCCACUUUCAAGACCGUCUUCAUCCUGCAAAGACGACAACAAAAGCCUCUUUUGAUUCAGUAUUUUUGUUGGUGAAGUACGGCUGCAGUGAAUUUCAGAUGUUUUCUCUCUGUGGUUCAAUCGUUUCCUUAAACCGGGCAGGUGACCCUGAAGUGUCGACCUUCACCUCCGAUCUCUCUAACAUCUCCUUAAAAACUCUAAAAUAAUGUAGAAACACGAACUCUUGAGAAAACACGACGUGCUGUGUUCUUUUUUUGUUGCCUUUGCAGAUUCAGAGAAGAAAACUUGGAGAGUCAUGUUUAACGUGUUUUAACGUGUUUUAACGUGUUUAACGUGUUUAACGUGUUUAACGUGUUUUAACGUGUUUAACGUGUUUUAACGUGUUUAACGUGUUUAACGUGUUUUAACGUGUUUAACGUGUUUAACGUGUUUUAACAUGUUUUAACGUGUUUUAACGUGUUUAACAUGUUUUAACGUGUUUAACGUGUUUUAACGUGUUUUCUCGUGUUUUAACGUGUUUUAACAUGUUUUAACGUGUUUUUAACGUGUUUAACGUGUUUAACGUGUUUUCUCGUGUUUAACGUGUUUUCUCGUGUUUAACGUGUUUUAACGUGUUUAACAUGUUUUAACAUGUUUUAACGUGUUUUAACGUGUUUAACGUGUUUUCUCGUGUUUAACGUGUUUUCUCGUGUUUAACGUGUUUUAACGUGUUUAACAUGUUUUAACAUGUUUUAACAUGUUUUAACGUGUUUAACGUGUUUUAACGUGUUUAACGUGUUUUAACGUGUUUAACAUGUUUUAACGUGUUUAACGUGUUUUCUCGUGUUUAACGUGUUUUAACGUGUUUUAACGUGUUUUCACGUGUUUAACGUGUUUUAACGUGUUUUCUCGUGUGUGUGUUUCAGCCUGGGCGUCCUACAUGACCAACUCUCCAACGGUGAUCGUGAUGAUCGGCCUGCCCGCCAGAGGAAAAACCUACAUGUCAAAGAAACUCACACGAUACCUCAACUGGAUCGGAGUCCCGACUAAAGGUACGCACAGGUGUUUGAGUGGAUUUCUCUUCUUAGCUGCUCAGUGUGACGGAUGAUGUGAAUGUGAAGGAAUAAUAAACCGUCUACAGAGACGACACACAGGUCGUAGAUCUGACCGUCUGUACUCCACGUAGAUUUCUGUUUUUCUUUUUUUACAACAUGAAACUCUUUUAUCUCCUCAACGCUCUGAAUCCUCUCCAACAUUUUAUUUAUAUCAUCGUGUUUUUCCAGAGUUUGAGUUUGUUCCAGUUUUACCUCCUAUAGCUGGAGGUUUAACCCUGAAGACCAGUAUUUGGGUUUCAGGUCUGAUACUGGUACCAGUACAGAGAUACAGAAACAGGUACUGGUACUGAUAAUGAGUAUUCCUGCACAGAUAUUGAUAAUCAUUGAUCAUGAGACUGAUUAUUGACUCAUGUUUGUUUUUUCACUGACAUUUAGUUCUCUGUGAUUUUAGAGCCAAAGUCUGAACAGAAAACUAAAUUAUCAUGAUUUUAAAAUGUGAACUUUUUUAUGUUUAAACUUGAAGAAACUUUAUAUGUUAGUAAAACUGUUGAAGAUCGUCCAGGAGUGGACAGUCAAACAGUCGUGGUACACGAAUGUGUCGAGACAAUCAUCCAUCUACAGAUAAUUGGUCAAAUGUUGAAUAUCGGCCUCGAUAAUCAGCCACUUUUCUGAGAAAGGAAACGAUUUUCUCAGCAGAGACUUUUAUGUCAAAACGACCUGGACUGGUUCAUAAACACAGAGAGGGAAGUUUGGAUCCUUCAGAGUAAAAGUCCGACUGUUUUAAAGUCGUGUAAAAAAAUAAACUCCUCACUGUGUCUCUGCAGUUCUGAGUAAAUGUUGUUGUUUGAUUUGAUCCUCAGAAAUGAUGAGGGCAGACUUUGAGCUGUGUGACCGUCACUGUGUGUCUCCACAGACUGUUUGAGUGUCUUCAGAUGAUUUCAUGUUUUCUUUUUACUGACGUGCAGAAACUUCAACCCUCCAGGACGAAUGUGUGUGACGUCGGUCAGAGUAAACAGACAGGAGACUAAAUUUAGCAGAAGUUCUGUUGGAUAGUUGUGAAUGCUCGAACCUUCAUCUGUGUUCACACUCAUGGUCAAAGUGUUCCUGUUGUUCCUGUUGCAGUGUUUAACUUGGGCGUGUACCGCAGAGAGGCCGUCAGAGCGUACAAGUCCUACGAUUUCUUCCGCCAUGACAACGAGGAGGCCAUGAAAAUCAGGAAGUAAGUUGGAGUUCAGCCGAGAGGAUCUGAAACAGUCAUGACAGAGAAAAUCACUGCUGAUCUGGAGGCUGAAGCUUCUGUGUGUGUCUCUGUUUCCCUGAGUCAGCAUCAGGCUGGUUGAUAUUCUGCAGCCUCGUCCUCUGCUGCUUCAGUGACUCAGCAAACUCUUCAUACCACCUUAAACCAACACUCAUCUGUGUUUAAUGUGCACACGCUGACAUGACCGUCCUACUCCUUAAUAUUCAGAUCAGUCGUCAAUCACUGCUAAUCGACCCCAGAAGGUCAGUUCAGGAUCUGACGGUCCGUUCUCUCUCAGUGUUACCUCAGACAAAGUCAUUUACACCGUUCUUCAUGCCCUCCACUCAUGAAAGUGUGACAGGCGCUCCGCAGCGUCCCGGCGCUGACAUGUGACCCAGAUAUUAAACAAGCUGCUGCUGCUGUCACUCUGGAGCGACACGACCUCUCCUGAGAGAGAGUCGAACCGGGAGCUGAGUCAGUCUGGGAACGUUAACGUGUUUCAGAGACGGUUCAGAGCUGGGAGGAGAAAACCUUUUUCAUCGGUGCUCAUGUUUAAAAAAGAAGAAGAAGAAGAAGAAGAAGAAGAAGAAGAAGAAGCUCCAGAUUCUUCUAAAUCUUUUCUGUCCAUCUGAGCUCAAAUCUGCUCGAUCAUCGAGGGUCUACAGCAGAGUUAUGUCGCCACGAUACCCACAAGUUUUACCCUGAAACUGCGUCAUGUUGUUGUUGUUGUUGUUGUUGUUGUCGUUGUUGUUGUUGUCGUUGUUGUUGUUGUUGUUGUUGUUGUCAUCGUCGUCGUCGUCGUUGUCGUUGGGAUUUCACACUUUCACAUUCCAGCGACAGUGCUGCUGUCUCUCCUUCAUUCAGACACCGUCACGACCUCUGAGGGGGGACAAACGAUUUCACGCUGCAGUUAAAAAAAACAAAAUAGUGUGGAGUUUGAGGAAUAAGAUCACUGAACAUCUUUUUUACGGUUUAGACUUAAAAUUGAUAAAACUGAAGAUGUGAAAGUCAUUAAAAGAUCUUAACUGGGAGAUUAAAACAAGUGAGAAAUCUUUGUAUUUUGUACGACUUCUCACACACCGUCCUGAACCAGUGUAGUCUCCCCCUGCUGGCCAGCAGAAAGACUGCAGGUUUAAUGAACUCGCAGGAUACUUUAUUACUGUCAACAUGAUUAAAGUGUAAAUCAUUGUCCCUUUAAUAACUCAGUACAGGUGCAGCUCCUCAUAAACAAGUUUCUGUAUUACAAACUUUAAAAUCUGUUUUUCAGUUCGAUCGGAAACAAAAGGGACACUGAGGCGUUAAAUAUUGAGAGGAAGAAGAAAGGAUAUCAGAGAAAAAGAGUUUGGAGAGUGAAGAGUUUUAAAAUUCAGGGUCCGUCUGUUUUUGACCUCCGAUAACUCCUGACCGCUCACUAACACGUCUAAAUCCUGGUUUGUUUCUGCUGAAUCUCAGAGCUGAAGGUCUUCCUUUAACAUUCAGCAAAAACCACUUUCUUCUGCUAAAAGGAGAGAGAUGCAUUUAUAUCAGUGUUUCAGCCCAGACCUCCUGCUGUCAGGCUGGUUUUAUGCAGAAGUCUCACAGACGGAGCAGCUCAGACUUUAAAGGAGAACAGGAGGACCUUCAGUAUUAAACUUUAACCCAGUCAACAUGAACAUCCAGAAUGUAAAAAAGCUCAAAUUCAGACACGAGCCUCUUUUUACUUCCUUAAAAGCAGAUUUAAUGGAAGAUAUUCAGCACCGGACAAAUACAGAUCUACACUUUCAUUAAACUCGACGUCUUCAUCAUCGUGGUUUCACGGCUCUGUUUGUAACAACACAUGUGAAGUCAGCGUCAGUGAUUCUGCACUUUUGUGAAUGAAAACUUGUGUUUCUUCUCGUUCCCACAGGCAGUGCGCACUCGUAGCUCUGCGGGACGUGACGGCGUAUCUGACCAACGAAGGAGGUCAGAUCGCGGUGAGCCCAUCUGUCACUCUGUCACUCACUGUUGGCGUCUCUUCAAAACAUCCAGAGCAGGAACACAUCUUAAUCCCAACUUAAUCCCUGACUGUCCUACAAACAUGUUAUUAUUAUAAUUAUUAUUAUCAUACACCCAUACUGUCUUUGUCUGCUCCUCUUUUUUUAGGUGUUUGAUGCAACAAACACAACGAGAGAGCGCCGAGACCUCAUUUUAGGGUUUGUGAAGGAAAAUGCUUUUAAGGUAUUUUAGAGAAGACUCCGUUUGUUCUGCAGCUCUUUAUUUCCAUCAUGAAUUCAUGACGAGUGACCAAUUAAUAUCAAAAAUACUAAGUUCUUGACUUGGUGUUGGACCAUGAACCAGCAAACGUCAACAAAGAAAACAUUUUAUCCUGUUAAAACAUCACAUUUUAUUGACCCCCUUGUUAUGAAGUUGAGGUUAUUAUGAUUUUAUCGUUGGGAGAGGAGGAUCACAGUGGAGCUGUCCUCCAUACUGGACAGAGACUCUCACCCCCUCCAACACACACUCACUGCACCGAGGAGCUCCACCUGAAGUGUGUGACGGAGACGGUGUCGCAGGUCCUCCUUCCUGUCAGACUCCACAACAGAAACCUCAGUGUGCAAUAAAUCAGAUUUAUAUAUAUAUUUAUUUAUGCUGUACACCUGUAGAUAGAAAAUUAGACUCAUGGACACGUCGGUUUUUUUUAACUCUUAAGUUUCUUUAUCCUUGAAUUUCUCUUUUUGUAUUUUUGAUGCUCUAAUUUAGAAUUUUUCCCCCUGUGGGUUUAUUAGAGGAACAUCUUAUUUUAAAGACCAAAAAAUCACAUUUGAACCAGUUUACUAUCAGACAGCAGCUACAAUAUAAGAGAGGAAACAACAAUUAUCCAAGUAUUUAGUUGACUAUUCUCUCUAACUUUAUCUGACUUUGAUGACGCAGUGAACCGUCAGCCAAUCACUGAGGAAACAGCCUAAAGCAGCUGCAGGGAUCAGCAGAUACUUUCAGAGCUGCUACAGGAUAUUAUAUAAAAGUCCAGCUACAACAAAGAUCUGAGUGUAAAAUCAUAGAGCUUCAAUGACACAACGACAAAUCGACCAAUCAUGUCACAGAGCCAACGAACAGCUGGUGACCAUUUCAUCAGUCAGCAGCUACAAAGUUCCCGUGCAGAAAUAAGAACUGUCUCCGUGGACUAAGAACGGUUUACUGAACAGUAUUAUUCUGUGACAGAAUGACGACACUGUAACGGCUGCUGAGUCAUGAAACACAAAGAUAAUUAUGAUGUUUUUACCUGAUAAGAUGAUGACUGUGUUUUUUAGUGUAUGUUCAGAUGAAACAAAUGAAACUCCAGUUUAAUUUUUGACAUUUAUUACCAGGUCAUUUUUUCUACUGAUGCAUCCUGGGAACACGGGGAGGAGAAAGACGAGUAGCUGGAAAAUCCACAUGUAGUCAGAGCAGGGUUCAGUGUUUACUGGAGAAAAAAGAUUUAGUUUGGUAACUUUGUUAACGAGGAAACUUUACUGAGUCCGUCUGCUCUCUGAAACUGUCAGGCUGUUGUUUUAUUAUUCAGGAAAGGUUCUGGAAGUUUCUGACCCUCUCCCUCCUUCCAACAGGUGUUUUUUGUGGAGUCGGUGUGUGACGACCCCGAGGUCAUUGCUGCUAAUAUUCUGGUAUGAACUUCUGUCACCGACCUGUUGUCUAUUAAUAUUCACAGCAUGGACAGCGUUAUGUAAGAACUCUUAUUCUCGCUCACGUCGUGUGGAUGUCUCUGUGACAGGAGGUGAAAGUGUCGAGUCCUGAUUAUCCUGAGAGCCACAGAGAGAGAGUGAUGGACGACUUUCUGAAACGGAUCGAGUGUUACAAGGUCACCUAUCAGCCGCUCGACCCCGAUGAUUAUGACAAGUAAGAGAUGAUCUUGGUGUCAGUAUUCAUGCAGGAUUUGUCUUAUUGUGUGAAGGUUUAUUUCACUGAUACUGACUCAGUUUGAUGAUGAGAUGAAAAUCUAACUCUGAGGGCAGGUGUGUUAAAUCAUCUUUACAGUCCUGAAGUUUAAAAGAGGACCGUAAACUCAGUCAGGAAUGAUUGUGGAAUUACAGCUGCAGUUCCUUCAAACGAACACUAGAUGGUGUUUGUGGACAGCAGUCUGAUUUCCGUCUCACCUGCAGGGACCUGUCCUUCAUUAAGGUGAUGAACGUGGGCCGGCGUUUCCUGGUGAACCGGGUGCAGGACUACAUCCAGAGUAAGAUCGUGUACUACCUCAUGAACAUCCACGUCCACUCUCACUCCAUCUACCUGUGUCGACACGGGGAGAGCGACCACAACGUGGAGGGACGCAUCGGAGGAGACUCGGAGCUCUCUCCUGGAGGGAAGCAGGUAGAGACGCUCGGUGGGAGGUGAUCUUUGAGGCGUUCAGACAGACCAAUAACUGUCGGCUUGUUUUUCUGACUUUUGCUCGUUCCAGUUCGCUCGAGCCCUCCGAGGUUUCAUCGAGGAGCACAAACUCUCGGACCUGAAGGUUUGGACGAGCCAGCUGAGAAGAACCAUCCAGACGGCAGAGGAGCUCGGCGUUCCUUAUGAACAGUGGAAAAUACUCAAUGAGAUCGAUGCCGUCAGUAUUUACUCACUUAUUACAGAUUCAUGAAGUAAAAGUGCUGACAGACCGUUCAAAGAGGCUCCUGACCUGGUUUUACUGACACUAAGAGGAACCUUCACUGUGUCCAGGGGGUGUGUGAGGAGAUGACCUACGAGAUGAUCCAGAAGACAUUCCCAGAGGAGUUCGCAUUGAGGGACCAGGACAAAUACCACUAUCGCUAUCCUGGAGGAGAGGUGAGCUGACAGACUCCCUCACAGGAACUUGUUCUUCAUAAACAGGAACAUCAUGUUGAUAUCUGGACCAUCAGCUGACUGAUGCUCAGUAUCAGUGUCUGUGUUUGACAUUUUAAAAACAUCAGGACCUGACCGAAGCUGCUGUCCAAUAAAAACACUCUCCCUCCUUCUGUCUCUAGUCGUACCAGGACCUCGUCCAGCGUUUGGAGCCCGUCAUCAUGGAGUUGGAGAGACAGGGAAACGUUCUGGUCAUCUGCCACCAGGCCGUGAUGCGCUGUCUGCUCGCUUACUUCCUGGACAAAAACGCAGGUCUGCUAAACAGGAUGUUUGUUUGUUUAUUUAACCGGGUCAGAAACCCGCUGAGAUCCAGAUCUCUGUUACUAGUGUGACCCGGUUUAGAGGUCAGCAGCACACGUCACAAUAAUAACUAUCGCCUCACGGGGGCGCCAACGGGCCCCAGCAGCGUCGCGUCGCUCCCUCUGUAAACCACCUCUCCAGCGCCACCAUUUGGCACUGGCUGCCCUUCCUGAUGCGACGCUCUCCACAGCAGCCCUGACCUUUCUGAUGGUCGGUACUUAUGACCUCCUUCGAGUGUUGGAGGUCAUUUGCCGUGAAAAGACGUCAGACGCUUUGGCCACGCCCUUUAACCUAAACAGGUCUUCCUAAAGGUCCGUCUGACAGGCUGAAGAGAAAUAACAUCAGAAGUCUAAACGGUUCGUUUGUUUGGCACUUACAUAAAGCCCUACUUGUCUUUAGGGGGCGCUGUUACCAUCCUCACUGUGAAAAGUUGUACGUCAGUCUUAAAGGAAACUUCUGUGAGUUCCUCUGACUGCAGUUUCAGCUCGUCAUGUCUGAUCGUUCUCCUUCCACCGUUCUCAGCAGACGGUUGAUUCUGUUUCCACUCAUUUCCUCCCACAGAAGAUCUACCGUACAUGAAAUGUCCACUCCACACAGUCCUGAAGCUGACCCCUGUAGCGUACGGUAGGAGUUUUUUUAAUGUGUUUCACUAUAAUUCAUUUUUAUCUUCAUUUGCAUCCAGCUGAAUCGUCGUCCAUCUUUUAUCUCUUUCAGGUUGUAAAGUGGAAAUGUUUUUUCUGAACGUGGAGGCAGUGAACACACAUCGAGACCGGCCUCUUGUAAGUCGCUCUGAAUCAGCUGAAGAGUCACAUUUUGGUCUAAAUGUGCUAAAUCAGCAUUUCCCCAUGAAAUCCUGGAUUUUGUUUCUUUAUAUAAAAUACUGUCGAAUUGUUUGGUCUCAAAUUGAACAGAAAAUCCCAACAUCUAAUCUGAAGUCCCCGAGGCUCUUUGUCUUGUUUGUUGUGUCUGCUCGUUUUCAAUCACACUUCAUCUUCGCUUCCUCUCUGACGUCCCUCUUCUGUUUCUGUCCCUCUUGUCUGCAAACUGAAUUAUCUGAUCUGGCUUUGGCUGAUGAAUCUGCAGUCAGUUGAAUGGUAUACUUCAGAAAUAAUCCCCUUCAUGGAGGUAAUGGCUGAUCAUGCUCCCCUGCUUGGCUGAUCAUCACAGUUUCUCCGGUUGCUCUUUAACUGAUAUAUUUGAUUUCUUUGGUUUACUGCUUGGAUUGGACCAAACCAGGUUAAAAAAGACAGAUUUCAGGAUUACAAACUUUUUAAACUCAAACAUUUAACCUGUUACAGAAAAAAAAAUCUGACUCAUACAAUCUUAGAUCUGUAGUGCUUCAUUUAAAUGUUGUUUGUCGAGCUGAUUCGCAGUGCCUUUGUCCAACAUUAAAAGUUAAUUAUUAUUAUUGUAAAUUCCUCAUUUUUAAUUUUUUAAGACGAGUAGGAGGAAGAAAACAGACAAUCUUUUUAUAUUUUCCACAAUAAACGGCACAUCUGAUGGUGAAAAGUUGGCAGAAUUGGAUCUUCAAUAUUAGGGGACAAGAUAAGAAAAGACUGCUUUGUCCACAGGGGGGCGCCAAGAUUAACAGGUCAAAAGUUCCUCACUGGAGCUUUAAGUUAAUAUCAACUAACCCCGACUUUUGCAGCUCUCCUCAGCAGGAUUUCAGUUAAAGAAAUAAGACGUGGUUUUAUCAUCGACCAGGAUUAAGCUGUCUGACCAUCGUGGAUCUACGCCAAGAGGACGACUACUUUUACUGGCUGUGUCUGGUCAAGUGUCCCCUUAACCCCCUUAACGUUUCCCUGCGGUAUUUCAUCUCCUACCAGGGUAAAAUCCCGAGGGACUCUGCUCUCAUACACCGGCGGAAUAGUUACACCCCCUUGUCCAGUCACGACCAGGUCAAGCGUCCCAGGCUCUACAGUGCGGGCAACCAACCCUGGCUCCCGCUCGCCCCCACCCCGGCGGCUCUGAUGCCAGAGGAACGGCAAAGCCAAGUUAGUGUCAGAGUCACAGGCCGCCCCUCUAAAUCAGUCAACCCCCCCCCUCCAUAGUUGUGACCCUCUGUUUGACAUCCUCUCGUGUCAGUUUGGAUCCUGUGGAUGAUUUAGUGUCUGUGUUGAAAACUGUAGAGUCCAUCUCUGCCUCUCUCUCUCCCUCUCUCCCCCUCUCUCCCUCUUUUAGGGCAUGUUUUGAUCGUGAAUGGGUUACUCUCCUCCGUUAAUGUGCAAAUAUCUGUAAUCAGAGUCAAAUGUUUGCCUUGCAUGAUCUCUGCUCCACCUCCAGCUUGAAUAUGCAGAACAGCAUGCCUGAUUUUUACAGAGAAGGAAAAUUAAAGACACACAAACAUCCAAGACAAAUUAUUCCAAUGAUUGGCAUUUAUGAUCGUUAUGAAUCAAGAGAGAUGGUUUUAGUUUUGGAAAUACCAAGAAAAUCUGAGAGCAAGUGUUCAGAUUUCACUCUCAGAGUUUGAGAAAUAAGACGUCAGAGUGCAUAUUCAUAUUUCUAUUUGUGUGUAUCUGUUGGCCUUAUGGAGUUUGUUGCUUCAGCCCUUCUCCACAUUUCUAUCCCUCCCUCCCUCUCUCUCUCUCCCCUCUCUCUCUCUCUCCCCUCCCUCUCUCUCUCCCUCUCUCUCUGUCUCUAUCUCUCUCUCUCUCUCUCUCUCUCUCUCUCUCUCUCUCUCUCGUCCCUCUCUCUCGUCCCUCUCUCUCUCUCUCUCCCCUCCCUCUCUCUCUCUCCCUCUCUCUCUCUCUCUCUCCCUCUCUCUCUCCCUCUCUCUCUCUCUCUCCCCUCCCUCUCUCUCUCCCUCUCUCUCUGUCUCUGUCUCUCUCUCUCUCUCUCUCUCUCUCUCUCUCUCUCUCUCGUCCCUCUCUCUCCCCUCUCUCUCUCUCUCUCUCUCUCCCCUCCCUCUCUCUCUCGCCCCCCCCCCCCUCUCUCUCGUCCCUCUCUCUCCCCUCCCUCCCUCUCUCUCUCUCUCUCUCUGUCUUACAGCCUCGGAUAGGAAGCGGUUGUCUGUGAGUAUUUCGGAGACUCCUGCCCUUCGUUUUGUUUCCCAGUGACAUCACUUCCUGUCGCUGUAACCCCACGUCAGCAUGUUUCCAAACUUUGAUGGUUUUCACUCGUUCGGUUUCUCUAACCUUUCAUCACCUUUACACUUUUGAUCAGAAAUGAAAGCGGCGUUUUUGUUUCAGGAAGACUUUUAUCAUUUACUGACCGGGUUAUUGAACAUGUUUUAUGACAGCAGUCGGAGGACACCUGCAGAUACAUAUAUUAAAUCAUAUUCAAUAAACAGGACAACCCUGAUCCCCAAAACAGUUGGACACUGUGCUAAAUGUAAAUAAAAAGACCUUUUGAUGGUUUGCAGAUCAUUUGAAUCGAGUGUCGUGGAAAGAUAACUUACAAAAUAUUAAAAAAGAGCAGAUUUUUAUAAGUUUGAGGAAGUUUGUUUUUCAGAGAAAAAGUGACGAAAGGCUCUCGACUUCUUAUUGGGUUUAUUUACAUCAUGUUAGGAACACUCCGGUCUGUGAGAGACUGCGUGAGCAAAUAUUUGAAUAGGUUAUAUUUUUUAGAUUUUAGUGUGAAAUUAGAAAUGAUUUGGGGAUUUUUUUUUUAAUCUACAUUAUAUGUUGUUUUUGAAAGACUCUAAGAAUCUGGAGAAAUGUCUGCACAAAAGGGACCAGGCCAAGAACCAACCGUGGAUUAUUAGGACCGAAGAACAGACAUGACUCUGAAGUGGAAAUCACAGCACAUGCGGACGAUCACGGCGAGAUUUUACCACGCCAAGAGAAAACACGAUGAUUUAAACAUGACCUCAAACCGGGGCAUUUUUUCAUGGCCCAGAUCCAUUUGAAGACGGUCUGAGGUGAAGUGAACAAACGUCUGAUGAGAUGAAGAAUCAAACUUAAACCAGGACUUUUUCAGAGGACACAAAACCAAACCACAAGAGUCCGGGGUGCCAAACUGAAAACAUGUUAUAAAAACUAAAAAUUAAAACAAUAUCAAGACAGAAAUACAAAUCAAUGAAGAUCCUCAACUGUUGAGGAUCUGUAAUCUUAAUCUCUGGGUGACCAUCUACUUUAAACCUUCAGACACUCGUCUCUUUAGUUCCCAAACAUUUACAGAGUCUACUUCAAUAAAAAACUUGUUUUAAUUUCAACAUUUGCUCUGCUGUCUUUGCACUUGUUCAGGAAAGUUUAGGGUUUCAUUUAUUUGCAAACCAUCAAAAUGUCGUUUACGUCUUACAGAGUCCAAACUGUUUAAAAUUUAAUGUUUUUCUUGAACACAUUUGUGUUAAUUCCAAAAGUCAUGCAUACUCUGAAAAUGGGAUUAAGGUUCAGCUGCAGAGGAGGCUGUUUUCACACACUUUACUUAAUAAGUCCAGACUCCCGGUCCACUGGGAGCCUCUUGUUCUCCCUGAAGAGGAUUUACUGCUUUGAGGAGUUCAUUUGUGAAUGUGCGUGACAUUUUCUUUCUCCUGAAGGAAUCCCUGUGUGAAGGAAUCGACUUUGACAGCCCCGAAGAAACUAGUGGCUGUGUCCGCUUCUGAGUGAAGACGAGUCUUUUCUUCUGAAGCAACUUGAGCAAAAAGUUCGGAGUCAGAGUUCGAAAAGAAAGACGGGAAUCCUGGAAAUGGUCGGGAUGGAGUUAAAGAGCAGUUUCAAAGCGAGGUCAUUUUCCUGUUUUCAUAUCUCUCAGAAUAACCUGUCAGUCUAGCUGUACUCUGCAUGCUCAGGCUUUGAACUGGAAUCUUUAUCAAUAUUAUCAUAAACUCGACUGCAUGUGCAACGAAACCAACCAGUCAAAGAAGACACCAUACUGUGUUUGAAAACCAACCUGAUCUGAUUCAGUAGAACAAAUGCCUUACUGGACUGUGUAUGAAUGUAACAACAGGUUUAUGCAUUACUCCAGAACCAGAACCAACCAGAACUAAUGCAAAUACAACUGAGUAUGAAGUCGAUGCUGUAAAAACACUUUUAUAAAUCAUGAUCUGUAAAACGUGUCGUUGUAAGUCUCAUCUUUUUUAAUUCUUAAUUUGGUUUGGAUUAGAAAUGUUCUAUAAAUCUAAAUUAUGAGGAAAUUCUUCUCAGAUUCUUCUUCCUUCUUCAGUUUUGGAUGCAGUUUAUGUUUCAUGUGUUAUUCUAAAGAAAUAGUUACCGCUCUGUACUCGUAGAUUAGGAAGAUUAUCUUACUUUUCUGACCAAUCACACUCCUGAGAUUGUGUAAUCUGUAACAAACAUCAUAAAAAAGAGUAUUGUCCAACAAAAACAUGAAGUAUCAGUCAGUUUUAAACCUUUGUGUUCAUGUUUUCAUUCAGACAAAAGCACAUCUCGUAAAUGUUCUUUACUCUGUAUUUUCCUUUCAUUACUUUGUGUUUGUUUUCCUAAGAUAGAACAUUGUCUGUAUUUUAUUUAGUAAUAGACUGUGGUUAGAUUUACUCUGAUUACCUUGUAAGUCUGACUGUUGGUUAGUUAUAUCCCUGAAUAAAGCAGCCGACUCGUGCCUUUUCAGCAGACAAUGAAAGUGAAUUUUGAGGUGAUUAUUUUGAACAAAUGUAGGAGACGCUUCAGCGUGUGGAAUAAAGGAAUCUGUUCUCUGUUGGUUUGUGACCAUCAUGUUUUUCUUUCUUGUUUAACGCAUAAAUAAAGGGACUAAAACUGAAUAUAAUUGUUAGUCUGCUUUGCCUCGUGUGAGUAAAU